CAAGCAUCGGCAAUGCGAUUCGAACCAAUGUGUGUCGUUUUUUCGGCACACGCCUCAAAGCUUCAGAUUAAAGGAAAUUAAAAUAUUUUCCUGAAAUUCAUCACCAACAACCAGGAUAUUUAACUAAGAGCAAAGUUAAACUGCUGAAAGAGGUAAAGCAGAAGCCUUCCUGAAGAAUCUCCAGAACACGCAAAAAUUGUUUGCUACAUUUAAAAGACAAAUGAAGCCAAGUCCCGACAUGGAGAAACAUCAGCACUCUGCCAAGAGUUUUACUAAACAGAGUAAUCUCAAAAAACACCAGCGCAUUCACACAGGAGAGAAACCACAUCACUGCUCAGACUGUGGAAAGAGUUUUAAUCAACAGAGUCAUCUCCAACGACACCAGCGCAUUCACACAGGAGUGAAACCAUUUCACUGCUCAGACUGUGGGAGGAGUUUUAAUCGACAGAGUCAUCUCAAAAGUCACCAGCGCAUUCACACAGGAGAGAAACCAUAUCACUGUUCAGACUGUAGGAAGAGUUUUAUUACACAGAGUAAACUUAAAAUACAUCAGCGCAUUCACACUGGAGAGAAACCUUAUUACUGCUCAGACUGUGGGAAGAGCUUUAAUCGACUGGAGACUGUCAAACGGCAUCAGCGCAUUCACACAGGAGAGAAACCGCAUCACUGCUCGGACUGUGGGAAGAGUUUUACUGAACAGAGUGCUCUCAAAAUACACCAGCGCAUUCACACAGGAGACAAACCGUAUUACUGCUCAGACUGUGGGAAGAGUUUUAAUCAUCACAGUCAUCUCAAAAAACACCAGCGCAUUCACACAGGAGAGAAACCAUAUCACUGCUCAGACUGUGGGAAGAGUUUUAAUCAUCACAGUCAUCUCAAAAAACAUCAGCGCAUUCACACAGGAGAGAAACCUUAUUACUGCUCAGACUGUGGGAAGAGCUUUAAUCAACUGGAGACUGUCAAACGGCAUCAGCGCAUUCACACAGGAGAGAAACCGCAUCACUGUUCGGACUGUGGGAAGAGUUUUACUGAACAGAGUGCUCUCAAAAAACACCAGCGCAUUCACACAGGAGAGAAACCGUAUCACUGCUCAGACUGUGGGAAGAGUUUUAAUCAACAGAGUAAUCUCAAAAGUCACCAGCGCAUUCACACUGGAGUAAAACCAUAUCACUGCUCAGACUGUGAGAAGAGUUUUACUACACAGAGUGAUCUCAAAAAACACCAGCGCAUUCACACAGGAGAGAAAAAUGUCCCAAAUUUGUCCCAUGGCAAUUAAAAGCGCAAAUCAUAAAUUCCACCAGAAACAAAUAUGAACUGUAUUUAACAAUGGAUUUUACAGGUUCAGCAAAACUAUUCUUAUCCAGGGAUGAUGUGUAUAGAAUUCCAUGUUAUGUUUGUAUGUCUUGUAAGUUUGAAUAUUCCAGGACAUUCUUUGUGAGACAGAGCUCAGUUUUUAGGUUAGUUACUGUUGCGCAGUAAGGUUACAGGCUCAUUCACUCCCUCUGCUGGUGUUCUUGUUUGUCUAUGGUUCAGUCCAAUUAAAAAUCUGUUACUAUAGAGGGAUAUAGAGGGAUAUUUGGUUGUGUUGGAUUACUCAAGUUUUAUACUCUCUUAUCUUUUCCUUAUUGAAUAUUAAAUGUUGCUUAUGGUUUUUUUAAUCUCCAAAGUUACUAAGAAUAUCCAAAUAAUGUAGUUUCUUAAUUGUUUUUAUCCAGUACAAACUAUUAUCUUUGUAUAACUUCACCUCUAUAUUUACCCAUGUGUGUUUUAAUA